AUGGGCAUACUUCACUCCCUGCGGCGCGCUCGUGCCGGGGGAUGGCUUUUGUUUGCCGUUGUCGCGUUGCUUGCGAUUGUGCAGUCGGCUUCAGCUGAGAAGCUCCAAAACAUUGAAAAUGAGAACUUCUGGACCACCCACAACCUCUUCCAAACUCUCUUCCCCUCCCCCUCCCCCGCAACAAACGCCCUCCUCGCGACAGCCUACAUCUCCAUCCCCCCAAACCUCCUCCUAGCCCUUCUCCCCCGUAACAUCGACCCCUCGACCCUCUCCAUCAUGGUCGCGUUUGCGGUCGGCGGGCUCCUAGGCGAUACCUUCUUCCACCUCAUGCCUGAGAUUUUCCUCGGUGAGGGAGAGGCCAUGGUGAGGGUUGAGCCUAAGAGAAACUUACUUCUGGGGUUUGGGAUUGUGGUGGGGUUUAUCACGUUUGUUGGGGUUGAUAAGGCUGUGAGGAUUCUUAAUGGGGGGGAGGGGCAUGAACAUGGGCAUGGACAUGCUCAUGGGCGUGAAAUUGUUAAGGAGGAAGGGAGCCCGAAGGGGGAGAGGAAGAGGGCUGCUGGUGGUGCCGCUGGGAAGGUGAAGAAGGAGAAGAGCGAGAAGAGCGCGGUGGCACUUAAGGUUAGGGCUGAAAAGACCGAGUCAAGCAACACUUCCGUCAAACUCGGCGGCCUUCUCAACAUGAUCGCGGACUUCACCCACAACAUAACCGACGGCCUGGCCCUCGCUGCCUCCUUCUACGCCUCCCCGACCGUCGGCGCCACGACGGCCGUCGCCAUCUUCUUCCACGAAAUCCCCCACGAAGUUGGCGACUUCGCGCUGCUCGUCCAAUCCGGCUUCUCCAAAUGGCAGGCCAUGGGCGCACAGUUUAUCACGGCGGUCGGCGCACUCGCCGGCACGAUCAUCGGCAUCGCGAUCCAGGAGUAUGGCGGGAGUACGCCGGGAGAGGGCGUGACUGCCGUUGGGGAGGGGAUCUUUGGGACGAGUUUGCAGUGGGGGGAUAUGUUGCUGCCUUUUACGGCGGGAACGUUCUUGUAUGUUGGGACUGUGGCGGCUAUUCCGGAGUUGCUAGAGACGGGGUCGGAGAAGGCGAAGGAGGCAAGACGGGCAGUAAUGCAGUUUUUGGCGGUUGCGGCGGGCGCGGGGAUUAUGUUGUUUAUUUCGUGGCAGGAGUAG